AUGAUCUACAUGGUUUUUACGACCGAAUCAUGGGAUUUACUCUUCACAUCAAGCUCGCAGUUCGUAGAGAAAGGUUUGGACAUACUGCUUAAAAUACCAAUCGGUUUAGUCGUGUUCAUUCCUUGGAUAUUUUUGCUGCGCAAACCUCAAAUCUCCCAUUUAUCACACGAUCUGGCCGUUUUCGAUAAUUUGAUGAAGAAGUACAAUUACCCUCACAACUACCAAUUUUUCCACAUCAUUGCAACAAUAUUCACUACAAUUGACGUCGGCAUUCCACUCAUUAUCCUAGCGGCUAUUCGAGGUUUUAGCUUUUGGAUGAAGCACUUUAUGGUCCUCACAUUCCUUAGUGUCUCCUGGUCGGCCGGUAUGUUGUUCAACACCGUGUUCAACAUACUACUCUAUCACAUUCUGUACCGUGUUGAAGUUAUUAAUGAUUUACUCAGGAAACUUUUAUAUUGCGAUCGUUUCGAAAAUAAUACACUGGACACUAUGGAGCUGAUCAGGACAUUGAUGCGGCUGCACGAUAAACUCGGCGAUAUAGCAAACAAUUGUUCAAGAUGUUUUGCCAUUACGACCGUCCUAACCAUGAUCCACGUGUUGGUGUCAAAUAUACUGACCACCUUUGCUUUAAUUCGUGUCGUGUUCUACCAUUACGAUGCAAUCGAACUUCGAGAUUGCAUUUUCUACAUGAUUGGUAUAAUGAGCUACAGCUUGCUGCCGAUUUGCACCAUUUGGAUGGCAGGAGAUAUCAAGAAGCGAACCGUUCUCACCUGGAAGUUAAUACACCGCUUCAUCAACACAGCUGACGACAUUGAAAUCGAGGAUCUUCUACAACGGUUUUCCGAACAAAUGAACCAUCGAUCGCCCAGCAUUGAUUUUCGAUUUUUUGACGUUGACUGGCCAUUGCUGGUGAAGGCCUGCAGUGAAGCGUCCACUUAUCUGAUUAUAAUGAUACAGUUCGAUAUAAAACAGUGA